AUGAUAGUUCAUAAUUUGGUAAACCCCUGUGUUGCAUUGGGUUCGCAAUUGUCUGUUAGUGGUCAUCGGAAUUACCCGUUUGUGGUUAGAUGCAAUAAACAUGUCUCCUCUAAGGGGGAUAUUGCCUCAGUCUCCCUCCAGUCUCCAUCUGUUCCAAUUACAUCGGAUGCUGUUGCUGUAGCCAGUGACAGGAAAUACGGGAGUAAGCAGGUUAUCAGCCUUAGUCCAUGCCUGUAUGACUACAUAUUAACAAAUGUCAGAGAGCCAGAGAUUCUUCGUGAACUUAGAGAGGAGACAUCAAACAUGCGUGGUAGCCAGAUGCAGGUUUCUCCUGAUCAAGCACAACUACUUGCUAUGCUUGUUGAAAUCUUAGGAGCCAAAAAGUGCAUUGAACUUGGGGUUUAUACGGGAUAUUCAUCUUUGGCAAUCGCAUUGGUCCUACCUGAGGGAGGUCGACUGGUUGCAUGUGAAAGAGAUGCAAAAUCUCUUGAGGUUGCAAAGAAGUAUUAUGAGCUCGCUGGUGUUUCACAUAAGGUGGAUGUGAGACAUGGACUCGCAGUGGGUACUCUGAAGUCUAUGAUUAUGAAUGGUGAAAGUUGUAGUUAUGAUUUUGCUUUUGUUGACGCUGAGAAAAGAAUGUAUCAUGAAUACUUUGAAUUGCUGUUACAAUUGGUAAGAGUUGGAGGACUCAUUGUGAUUGAUAAUGUUCUUUGGCAUGGAAAAGUUGCUGAUCCACUGGUGAAUGACUCUAAAACUAUUAGCAUAAGGCAUUUCAAUCAGAAUAUAAUGGAGGAUCAACGCGUGAGCAUAAGUAUGGUGCCAAUCGGCGAUGGAAUGACAAUUUGUCGGAAGAGAUAA